UUGCUAGGCAACGGUCCAAGCACGAGAAGUUGGCUGCUGAGCAAAUCUAUUUUAUAUAGCUCGUGCUGUUUAUCUUAAAACUGCGUUUAAAAUAAGAGAGGGAAACCGGAGAAUAGGGUUGAAAGGAAAUGGAUCGACACAGGCGCCACGUUAGAGGUCGUCGUGGGUUGCCUUGCAAGCGAGAUACACCCGUAAGGCUGGCGACAAGGAGGCGAGAGAAAUGUAAGAAGCUGGUGGCCAUCGAGCAUUAUGACGUAUUACCAGAAGAGCCGCAGGAAGAAGAAAUAAAUGAUUCCAAAGUCCAACCAGUAAUCCUGUUUAGAGCUUCUGUGCCGUGCUUAAGCGGCUCUGGGUUUACUGAAAACACAAGAAGCCACCCUGCUUCGUCUGUCACAUCGGGUUUUAAGGAAUCUGGCUCCCAGAAACCGUCAAGAGAAGUUUACCCGGCAGUUCAGGUCCCACUCAUUCCAGGGGCCUCUGAAGGUUGUGGUACUCCAGAAAGUGGGACAUCUUGCAUCGAGGAGACAGAAUCAAGUUUAAACUCAGAGGAUGAUGAGGAGGAUGACCACGUUUCCUCCUGUGGCUCAACAACGCUUAGCAGCUUGCCCUCCCCAGAGAUCUUCAGAAAAGAGAUGAGUGCCGACACCACUUGUCCCAAAAAGGAUGAGUUGCUGGGUGUCCAUGUGAAAAAUUCCACCUUGUUGGAACAUAGUGACGCGCAGAACAUUCACAUGCACCAUCCACCCAACCUUUCUACCAUCAUAGCAGAUGCUUCUACGAUCCUUGCUGAAAAGAUGUGUGAGAUCAGCUACCAUAAACCUCCUGAAGAUGAAAGUAAAACAGACAAAAGCACACAUAAAUCAGGUCAAGCCUUUGAGCGGGAACCACAACCAAAACUCUCAGAGAGAAAGCCAAUUUUCUAUAAAAAGAAGGUUUGGUUUAAAAGCCCCAUCAUAACUAAGAUUCAAAAAGCUAAAGACGUCACAUCCUCUCCACCAAGCAGCGAAAACACCAGCAGUUCCUCAAGUGCUCCCCAAAAAACAAAGCCUCAUCCCAUGACAUCACCAAGAAGAAGUUUGGUCAGCUCUAACGAUGAAACAUUACCUCUUGCUGUGACGCUCAAAAGGCCUGUGAAAACGUGUUCAGAAAAACCAGUGUUCUUUCACUUUGUGAACGACAGUGACAGGGAAGCCUUUUUUCAAAAGAUGAGAGAAAGAAGUGUCAAACUCAGAGAUGCUGUAUUUUUUCCUUUCAUAUUAGACACGCAGAACCCCUAGAGUUGACCUACAGUUCAGUCUGAGAUGUUUAGGUGAGAAUAAAUGCUAAUAAUAGGAGAUAGGCAGUGAAGGAAAAUGGGUAAAUGGAUUACUUCUACAAAUGGCCUUUGACAAAACAACAAAGCGCUCCUUUCAAGAAAAAAAAAAUGCAUUGUACCUGGAUAUGGUCCUUAUACGCACAAAACUCAAUGGACCUGUAAUCAGCUUCACGGGGUAAUACUUAAAGAGAAAACCUAUUGAAAACACAACAGCCUCACAUUUAUGUUUGUGUCUGAAUAUGAUAUAAGUAAGAGUUAAACUUAAAACAAAUCUCUCAACUUUUUCAUCACCGUAGCUGGUAAACGCACUUUUCAUGGGUCUUUUCUGUGUUUGUGGUAGUUAUUGUAAACAGUGUCUCAGGAAUUUUGCAACUUUAAUACAUCAUAUUUUUAAUUUGUGGAUUCAAAUGCUCAGUUGAUGCUCCAACUUUCCAGUUUUGCAUGAAUGCAAUUAAAACUUACAUAACAAAAAAAUCGCCACUAGAUGGCACAUUAGUAUACUUAAUAGCCGUUAUGAGUAUACAUGUACCAUUCACUUUUUUUGUGUUUUUUUUGUUUCUUUUUCUGUUUGUCUGUAUUUUGAUGUACAUUUUUGCUGCUUUUCCUUUUCUAUGUGUUUAGUUUGAUUUCAAGAAAAAGACUAAAUGUAAAAUCAAAAUGUGCAAAUGUAUGUCAGCUUUUCAUUGUAUUUGUCUGUAUAUGUGUGUCAGCUUAAAAAGCUUGCUGAUUUAAGAGUUUGAAAUUAAACACUGU